AUGAUGCAGAUCCUUCAUGGUAUGAGGAAAAAAAUUGUGUCCUUCUUUAUUCCAAGAAAGAAGGAAGAACAAGAAAAAUCAUUGCAUUUUCAGAAGAAUGGAGGUGCGCUAUUAGAGGAGCUUGUCACCACCUUUGGUGCAAGAUAUAAGAACCCUAUCCGUAACAUAAGCGCAAACGAGCUCAUCAGGGCAACACAAGGCAGGCAUCUUCGAAUUGACAUGUCAAAUGAUUUUGAUUUCAUGUCGACAGGUUCAUGGGAAGAACGCCCUAUUUUAGUCAGGAGAUGCACUGGUCGGAUCCUCAAAGAAACCGUUCGCGAUAUAGCAGUUACUUCACAGAUGAGCCACCACAAGAAUGUGUUGAAACUCAUUGGCUGCUGCACGGAAUUUGAGAGUCCAGCACUCAUUUACGAAUAUUCAGGAACUGAUUUGCUUUCUGAUCUUCUCCAUGAACCAAGAAAUCAUCGAAUACUGUCGUGGAAAAGCAGAUUACGGAUUGCAAAUGACAUUGCGAAUGCAAUUGCUUAUCUUCACACUGUAUUUCAAACUCCACUCAUUUAUAGAGGGCUUGAUCCAGGUAAAAUCAUCGUGGACAACAAUGACAUCGCGAAACUAUUUGAUUUCUCAUUAUGCAUUUCACUUCCUCCUGGAGAAUUGCACGUCGAAGUUGAAGGUCAAGUUGGGAGACUCAAUUCUCUUGAUACUACACCAUAUUCUCGUUUUAUAACUCAAAAAACCGAUGUUUAUAGUUUUGGUGUGCUUAUGCUUAUGCUUUUAACGGGUCAAAGAGCGAUGUGGAGAGAUCAAGAAGGUAAGCUUAUAAAUAUUGUGGUUUUUGUCAAUAAACAGCUCAACCAAAUUGUAGAUCCUCAUGUUUUGAGUGAGGGCGGAGGGAAUGAGCAAAACUGGCAAUACAGGGCUUUCCUGGAUCUUGCCUUGUGUUGCAUAAAACCCGAGAAGGAUGAUAGGCCGGAAAUGAUUGAAGUUGCGAAAGAACUCAAACGGAUAUCAAAGUGCAUUCAUACAGAGGAAGUGUUUCAGGAUGUGAAUCAUAUACUGAAUUCACCAAAUUCCUAUGUUUAUUAUGCAGUUUUCAUUGGUAUACUGUUGAUAGGACUUGUGAUUAUUCGUUCUUUAAGAGUUUCUAGAGUCGAGUUGUCAGUCAAACAGCUGCCGCCAGUACAAGGUGAGGUACUGAAGAUUAUUAACAACUAUGAACUAUGA